GGAGAAGCACACUCUGUUAUACAGCAUCUUCAGUGCUCCCUACUGAGGAAGUCAGAGGUAUCUCUAAAGCUUGACUUAAAGAACAUCUACGGAGUGUCUUUUGACAGGCACUGCCCAUAAGGGGGGGAAGGGUACCACCGGAGUGUUAUUGCCCCUUUCUUGGACUUAAGAGGUAUCAGAUGCAAUGGACUGGUUUCCUUGUAGGACUGGUGCUGUGCUGUUCAUUUUAAUGGUGUUCCUGGAGUUGACUGUUGGCUUUCAUGUUGAGGUGAAAGAAUGGGAUGAAAAUGGUGUGGAGAGGUGGAAAACAUUUCGGAGACAAAAACGUGAAUGGGUUAAAUUUGCUGCUGCCAUUAGGGAAGGUGAAGAUAAUUCAAGGAGAAAUCCAAUUGCCAAGAUACGAUCAGAUUGUGAAGAAAAACAGUCAAUUAUCUAUAAAAUCUCAGGGAAGGGAAUUGAUAGUCAUCCAUAUGGUGUAUUUAUCAUCAAUCAGAAGACUGGUGAAAUUAAUAUAACAAAAGUAGUAGAUCGAGAACAGACUCCAUUUUUUACUAUAGACUGUUAUGCUAUAAAUGCGGCCACACAGCAGUCAGUGGAAACUCCACUUCAACUUCGAGUUCGGGUUCUGGAUAUAAAUGACAAUCCACCAAUAUUUUUACAAACCAUCUUUGCUGGGUCAAUUGCUGAAAGCAGCAUGGAAAACACGCUUGUGAUGAAAAUAACAGCUACAGAUGCCGAUGAGCCAAAUACUCUCAAUUCCCAAAUUGCCUACAAGAUUGAGAGUCAGAGUCCUGGAGGUCCAUCAAAGUUUAUUUUGAACACAAGGACUGGUGAACUUCACAUUGGAAAUGUACUUAACAGAGAGGAACAGAGUACCUACUCUCUGGUAGUAAAAGCCACAGACAGGAAUGGAGGCCCAGAUGGAAUCUCAUCAGAAUGCAUAUGCAAUGUUAAUGUGGAAGAUGUAAAUGACAACUUUCCUUCCUUUUCACAGAGCUCGUAUUCAAUACAAUUUUCAGAAAAUUUACUGAGCAAUGAUCUGAUAAGGAUACAAAUUACUGAUCUUGAUCAAAUGCAUACAGAUAACUGGAAAGCAGAUUGUUACUUUAUCUCUGGAAAUGAAAACAACAACUUUGCUAUAACAGUAGAUCCAGCAACAAAUGAAGCUACCCUGAUGGUUGUGAAGGUACUUGAUUAUGAACAGGCUUCAAACAUUGAAUUACGCAUUGGUGUACGAAAUGUAGCUCCUUUCCACUAUUCAGUGGCUAAUCAGUAUCAAACUACUGGUACCCCAUUUACAAUACAAGUAUUAAAUAUUAACGAAGGACCAACAUUUCAGCCUUCCACAAUAUCAGUUACUGCAUCAGAAGGCUUAACAAGUGAAAGCCUGGCCACUUACACUGUUGCAACUUUCCAAGCUAUAGAUCAGGAUACAGGAAGACCUGCUACUAAUGUCCGCUAUCAGAUGGGACACGAUCAAGCUGCUUGGUUUAAUGUCAACUCAAAAUCUGCAGUAAUCACUUUUAAGAGACAAAUUGAUCGGGAGUCAAUUUAUGUACAUAAUGGGUAUUAUACUGCAGAGGUGCUAGCUAUUUGUACAGAAAGCCCUUUCACAACAGCCACUGGUACCAUUGUGCUUACAAUCGAAGAUGUCAAUGAUAACUGCCCAACUGUAAGCAGUGAAGUCAGAAAAGUUUGCAUGUCCAGCCCAACAGUCAUAAUCACAGCAAAAGAUCUAGAUGAUUAUCCAAACGGUCAGCCCUUUCAAUUUACCAUCGUAGCACAGCCUGCACAAACAUCAUGGACUAUCAGAGUAGUCAAUGAUACCUCUGCAGAACUCUCCACAAUGAAAAUGGAUUUUGAGAUUCACGAAGUCUAUGUUGGUGUGAUAGACAACAGAGGCAGAAGUUGUGAAAGACCACAAUUGGUUCCUUUGCAAGCUUGCCGUUGUGAUCAAAACAGAAAGUGUAUUGCUGGUGCUACGCAGAGGGUCACUGUUAUCAUUAGUGGUAGUGCUGCUGGUGGUGGAGUGGGCAGUGCUGCAGGUGGUGGUGGAGCAGGCGGUGGUGGAGCAGGCGGUGGUGGAGCAGGCGGUGCUGCGGGCAGUGGUGGAGCAGGCGGUGCUGCUGGUGGUGGAACAGGUGGUGCUGCUGGUGGUGGAACAGGGGGCUAUGGUUGGGAAACAGGGGGUACAGCUGGAGGAGCAGGGAGUUUAGGUUGGGGAACAGGGGGUACAGCAGGGGGAACUGGUGGAGCAGGUGGAGCAGGUGGAGCAGGUGGUGUAGAUUAUGGUGCUGGUGGUAUAGGUACAGUUGGUGGUGGAGGGACUGGUGGUGACUAUGAGGGUGUUGGCACAGGAAUGGCUGCUGGUGGUGGUGAUAAUAGUGAUUAUUAUGGCCCAAGACAGCAGAUGGGAACAAUGACACUUAGUGCUGCAGCUGUUGGUCUGAUGUUUCUCGGAGGAUUAAUAUUUGUGUUGGUUCCCAUUCUGAUGUCACAGAGCGACUGCUGUGGCUAUUGUAGGCGUCGUACUGUUGGUGGAGUUGGAGCUGGAUUUGAGCCUGUGCCUGAAUGCACAGAAGGAGCGAUUCAUUCAUGGGGAAUAGAAGGAGCACAGCCUGAAGACCGGGAUGUUUCAAAUAUGUGUGUGCCAGUAAAAGGUGCAAGUAAAGGCGAAUUUGCUGACUCCUCAGAUAUUUAUACAACAAAGUAUGGAGAUGGAGGAGUGGUAAGUUCAGAAGAAACUACAGCACUAGGAGCAGCUAAAGGUUAUGGAACGACUGUGGACUAUGGAACUACAGGCUAUGGAACUACAGGCUAUGGAACAACAGGAAGAAAAGAAAUAUAUGGAGGGACAAUAAAAGAAUACAGAGAGAGUGGAGUAAAUAUGGCAUUCUUGGACAGUUAUUUUUCUGAGAAAGCAUUUGCCUAUGCAGAUGAAGAUGAAGGCAGACCUGCAAAUGACUGUCUACUGAUAUAUGACCAUGAGGGUAUAGGCACACCUGUGGGUUCCAUUGGCUGUUGCAGUUUUAUUGGAGAUGACCUGGAUGACACCUAUCUGGAUACGUUGGGACCAAAGUUUAAGACACUGGCAGAAAUCUGCUUGGGUGUCGAAAUUGAGCCCUUCCCCGAUGAAAACUUUCCUUGGCCAUCUGUACCCAAUCCUGAAAUGGAUAUUAAUCUUCCACCACCAGGAACAACUAUUGUUGUUAAUACAUCAUCUAUGCCUCCACCAGUACCUCCACCAAUGUCUUCACCAAUGCCUACUGCUGUUGGUGGUACAACAGUUGUUACUGAAAACACCUAUACAACUACUUCCACUGUACAGCCUCCUCCAAGGCCUAUACCUGACCCCGUACUCCAUGGCAAUGUAGUGGUGACUGAGACGUAUACGUCUGGGCCAACACUGAAACCUCCCACAAUUAGUGUCGAUCCACUAUGUGGAUCAAACGUUGUAGUCACAGAAAGAGUGGUUGGUCCUGCUUCAGUCGCUGAUUUCCAUGGCAUGAUAGAUAUCCCUGAUAUACCAGAUGGAUCAAAUGUGGUGGUCACAGAAAGGGUUAUUGCACCAAAUUCAAGGAUACCAACUUCUAUGACCAUUCCGGAUCUAGCUGAUGGAUCUAAUGUAGUUGUGACAGAAAGAGUGAUUCGACCCACUGGUACCAUGCAGGGCAAUUUAAGCAUUCCUCCUGAAUUAUCAAGUGCACGAAAUGUGAUUGUUACAGAAAGAGUAGUUUCUGGGGCAGGAGGAGUGGGUGGUGUGAGUGGCAUGGGCGGGUUAGGUGGCAUCACAGGCCAAAUGCUCAGUCCUGAUAACCUCUUUAGCCAGACAAUUGGAUCUGCUUCCCCUGGUACAUCUCGGAGAAGGGUAACAAAGUACAGCACAAUACAGUAUUCUAAUCAGUAAGACCACUUGCAGUUUUGUAUUAUUACAAAGUUCAUGAUUUGCAAUAUUUUUAGUUUUGCCAUCAAAUGACAUUUUUAUUAUGUAUACUUAGCAAAUCGCACCAGGGAAAAACUAGUGUCUGAGACAGACAAAGCUAACCAGGUCAAAUGAGAAAUAUAGAGCUAAUGGCAAUAUAGGGAAGCAUGGGUACAUUUUUUCAGACAUUACAGAAGCAGUUUGCACAGCCUUAUGUACAUACCUACACUCGCAGAGCAUUGUUAGCCCAUCCCACUACCUCCGUACAGUCAUUCAGUCAGAGUGCCCUGUAUUUGCCUACCAUAUUCUUUUCCUUUUUCUUUUUGCCAGCAUGAUUUAAAAAUGGAACUGGAUUCAAGGUGGCUUUUAGGAAUAGCUUGUUUCACUGCAUUCUGAAAUGCCUGCCCCUUAUUUUAUAGUGCUUGUGUAGAAUCUGUUCUAAUAACUCCAAGUGCAACAGGUAGUUAAGUUUAUUCUUAAAGCUCUCUGGCAGUAAACAUGAAGCAGCUAAAUAUCAAAGUAUGGUCAGAAGGAAACAAAUGGCAUAUUUUUAAUUCCUAUUACUUACUGAGAUCCUUUGUGAUAUUACAAGUAGUCAAUACAGCAGUUUUAUAGUGAUCACACACACCUCUAUCAGAUUCCAGGUUAAAAGAGAAUGGUAUAAGCCAUGACAAUCUUUAUAAAUAAGGAAGAUAUGCUUACAUUUAAGUACCCUUUGCAUAUUAUCAGAUCUCACAGAACACUCCCUCCACUAUUUAAAAUCUACUAUGAUAAAGUAUCUGAACAUAAACUCUUCUGAUCUACCCACACAGCCAGGCCUGAACUUGAAACAAUUAGCCUUAUUAGGUUAUAUUUCCUCGUAUUGUGUAGAAGAUUUUUAUCUUCCUAGCUUUCUUCGUAGUUUACUAUAGAGUUUACUCCAAGUGACACAUUGGCAGAACAAAAACAAAUAUUGAGGAUGAUGAACUUUGUUAUUAAACCAAGAGUGCAACCGAUAUAUGAUGUAAGAAUUAGAGGAAGGGGAUGUUGCACUGCAGUUUGAAAGUAAAUCUGGAUACAUUAAAUAUGCUCUGCCAAAUAUGUAUUUCCAUAAUAAUUUAUUAUUAUCCCAUUAAUAGUAUAUGCUGCUGCAAAACACUAAUCCUAGGCAUCCUUACACACAGUCCCAUUGAAAUCCGAGGAGAUUAACUACCAAGUAAACAGAAUAGGAUUACAAAGCACAGGACUUUUCUAUAUUGUUUACUACUUUCAUGGAUAGCUAAAAAAAUAAAAUACUGAAUAUUGACUAGGAUCAAAAGAGCUAUUUUAGGCAUCCUUAAUGGCUUGUUUUCUUUGAACAGCAUACUCCAUUAGGAUCAGGAAGAUAAAAAGCAGCCUAUUAGUUCCUUUGUUUGCUACAGCUUUAUUGGAGAUGUUCCUCCACUGGUUUCAAAAGGUUUGUCAUGUGGUAUGAGGAACAUAUGUCCAAAGCCUCCUUGAGCACACACUAGUGAUUGUGUGAUUCUUUGGGUCCUGGUCUUCAUGUUUUAGUUAUGUACCAUAUGUAAACUAAAAGCCACUGCCAUGCAGACAGUACACCAGUAGUGUAAAUACAAUAGGUAUUCACAAGGUUUUUUUCCUAACUAGACUAUAAUAAUCUAUUCUCUAUCCCUUUGACAAUUACCAUUAUUUGGGUAGACAUAUAUGGAACAAUCUUGUGGGGGGAUUAGCUACUUAAGCCUAUUUCCAUGUUACUUUUCCUAGCCUAUGUUUUUAAAAUGUGUGUUGAUAAGCAGUUAGAAAAAUGGGUUGAUACUUGUAUAUUCCUCAUGUUAGAUGUGAACACAAAGCCAAUGUCUAGCAUUCUUAUCAGACUGUCACAUUUUACUUUUCUGGUGCUACGAAGAUGUCUAGAAACUUCCUUGUACACAUUUUAAGACAUAAUGAUGGAAACAGAAGUUCAGAAGGAGCCUUUGGUAUCUAUUUGUUUUGAUUUCUUUGGAUCAGUUCACAUUUAGACACUUGUGUCUUAAAGUCUUUCAGAAAUUAUCUACCUUUAACAGUUUUAAACCAGUUUACAUUGACUUCUUCCAAAGUGUCCUGUAGUGGAGUUUUGUAUGGCUUUUGAGAAAUCUGUUAGAGAUCCCGUACUUCCAGCUAUAGAUCCCAGGGAUUCAUGAGAAGAUAGAAUGGUUGUGUAUACGCCGCUACUGUCAGGGAUAUAAUGCUAUUCCACUUUUGCAUAUUCUGUAAAGGAUAAUUAAAGGAUAUUUUAAAACUUUAUUUGGUUAUUGACAUAGAUUUUGAUAUUGUUAUAAAUGUUAACCAUCAAUGUUGAACCGUAAUCAUUCAAAUCCUUCAUUCAAAUGGAAUAGCAUUUCAUUGUUCUCCUGGAAAACUCUUGAUGAAUAACAGCUCCUGCAAAUUUGAGAGAGAGGGAAAAAUGUUUAUAAUUUGCAAGCUAAAUCCAAAUGUAAUGUUUCCUUUCCACUUCUUCACUAAUUGCAGCACCUGUCAGUACAAUGACCCUCUAAGAGUAUGGAUUUUUAUUGUUCAAUUUAACAUGAUGUGGUUACACAAGACCUUUUCUGCUAAUCAGAACUAUUGCGUAAUUAGUGUUACAAGGCUGUAAUUCUCCAAGUCACUAACUGUAUUCUUUAUAUUUAUGAAAAUGAUUUUUUUAAUUUGAAUGUAUGUCUGAGAGUAGAAACAAUCUCAAUUCAGAAACAUAAUGAAAGGGUUUUUUUAGAUAUAGUAACUGUCUUUAUUAAUAAUAGAUUUUGCCAGUACUCUUUACAAAGAAAUAUACUUUCUUACUUGCUUAGCAAACUUAGGCUUUAAGGCUUGCUUUCUCACCAGCCAGCAACAAGGAGUUGCCUGCCCAAAGCAUUUCUGAGUAUCAACACCCAUUGCUGUUUUUCUGGUAUGAUUUUUUUAAAAUUGUUCUUUCGUGAGUGAACUAUUGAAGUUCUGGGGUUACAAUGAAUUGGCAAACAUUACAUUUGAAGUUGUAAAAGAAUUAUUUGGUUUAAUAAAAAAAAACUUCUGGCUG